AUGGUGGAGGAAUUCCAAAUUGCAGCUAUUGGUCACAAUGUUUGUUUAUUGGAGUUGCGAGGCGAAAAGAUAAGUGGAAUGAGGGAUUCCUUCAACUUUGUUAAAUGUUUAACGAUUGUUAACGCAUUGAUGGUCGUCGGACAGUAUGCUGCUGUCGGUAUUACGAAAGAUAAUUUGUUAAGAUUAUGGUUCUUAGAAUACGCCGCUGGUCACGAUAAUAAUCUCACCCGAUAUGAGAAUGUUUAUCGAGUAUAA